AUGGGCGAUCCAAUUUCUUUGGCUGGGAGCGCAGUAGGCGUUAUCUCGCUUGGCCUCACAGUCUGCCAGGGCCUACUGGCUUACUAUGGACCCUUCAAAGCGUAUGAUGAACAGAUUCAGAACGUCUCAAACCGUAUAACAAGUUUCGACAGCAUUUUAAAGGCGUUACAGGAUGUUCUCGCUAAUGCGCAAGUUUUUUCUUCUCCCCUGACGGCUCAAUCAGCAACAGUCGCCCUCGACUCCAUCUUUAAUUGCCAAGAUGGACUAGACAGACUAAGCAAGAUGUUAGAUAAGUGCAAAAGCACGAGCACGAUAUGUUUUAGUUCCAGAAUUCAGAUCAAUAGGAUAUUGUAUCCUUUCAAACGCGAUACUCUGAUGGGAAUAUUGGAGAUGGUGAGCUGGCUGCAAGCUCAUCUUAACACGUCGCUGCAAAUACUGAAUAUGGCUAUGUUGGCUGUCUCUCAGAAGCAAAUAGACACGGUCCUCACACACUCGGCAUCAACCGCCCUCGAUACCAGCCAGAUGUUACUCGUGGCUCAAAGGUCUAAUCAGCGCGGUAGUAGUAUUGAGCACAGACUAGAAAUGCUUGAAGAUUAUCUUAAACAGAUGCAAAAUGACAACUCCCGUAAUAAAGCUCAGCCAGCUCUCUCACCAGGCCUACUCCAAUCGGCGUUAGAGCACCAACGAAUCCUGGAUGAAGAGUCGCAUAAUCAGGGAACUAUCAUAGUUUCUCAGCGGAAUCGGCGCCGAGCAACAUGCUCAUGUGGCUCCACAUGCUCUGGGAGAGCGCGCAACGCCACUUCAGCUUGUCCUAGUGAGCGUAAGCUGCACACAGAAAGCAAAGCCAUCAUUACUUUGCUACAUCGCCGAAUAUUCUGCAGAUGGGCUCUGCGAAUCUCCCUUGAGACAUCUUUUUCAAGCACAAUUGGAGCAGGGGGCUUCUCAAUUAGCCCUAAACUUGAAUUUCGUGCCAUUGUGCCAAUAAAUUCCGAGAUAUUUAGCGUACUUUAUGGUGCAGAGGAGACUUUCAACUCACAAGAUGUCUCUACUGUGUUACAGAGUACCCAGAAGGCCCUGUUUGAGGCCUUUCGUGAAGGCAAAGCAUCAAUUUCGGAUGCUCUUCAAAGUGGCGAGACUAUUCUACAUAAGGUCACUCGCUGGCAAAUUUACAGUUCACACUGGGAUACACGUUCACGGCUUACCUGGCGUUCCUUUAUCAAAAACCUCUUACAAGCGGGCCUUUCUCCGGACCGUGCGAACGACUGCGGUGAGACUCCUGCCGACAUCAUGGUCGAUCGUUUUGGUUAUAAAGGUAGCGAUCUGGAAAGGCAGCAAAUAACGAUUGAUAUCUGUUCAGACUUACUGAAAGCUGGGGGAUAUAUGACCCGAGAAGCGCUAGAUUGGAGGCAUCGAGAGAAUACUAUCGACCCUGCUUACUAUCUAGACAGACUUGAUGGACGUAGGAAUGAUAAUUUGUGUGAAGACUUUAGCUUCCGCCUUAUUUGGAGAAUUGCCCAUGAGAAAGGGCUCCAGGACAUCGACCUCCCAGAAGAGCUACAGCCACUCGUGUACAAAUCCAGGAAACUUAUAACAGCACAGCUGAGAAGAGGGGUUAAUUUCCAUCGAUGGAUCAAAACGUAUACUCGUUGGGGAGAUGGUUUAGCCCUAAUCCUUAAAUCUGGUCAUGCACCAACCAAAGGCGCCCUUAUAGCGGCAUGCGAAGCGAACUGUGAGGAGAGCGUCAAGAUAUUGGUGAAUGAUCAAAGGUGCUUUAUUGGAGAGGAAGAGCUUAGAGUCGCCAGCUUUCAUCCCAACCAAGCUAUUGUUGAUCUCAUUGUCAGCGAAUUCAUUUAUCGCAGAAGGCGGUUACAGGCUCUCGCAGAGGCACACUUACCGAGAGAUGUCCAAGACCAGUUACGCAUCGAAUCCCAUAGCCUACUGAAUAUCCAUGCUUAUGAAGUAUACACACUACUUGCAGCAAAUUCUGUGGAUUUGGGAGGCCUCCUGGAGCGCCAUAGAUGGUCAGUCUUUGACUGUGUCGGUGUCAAUCUUGAUUUGGCGGACCGGUUAUGGAGUGUUGGCUUCCGAGGCGUGGAUGAAACCGAUGAUGACAACGAGACGUGCCUGACAAAAAUAUGGAAAAACACACCACCCUGUGAUUUGGAAGUCUUCCUGCAAAAGACUCGCUGGUUGAUCAGUAAAGGUGCCGAUGUCUAUCACCAAAAGCCAUCCGGGUCGGCCUUGCAUGACAUAGGACAUAGCGUGGGAUCAAUUUUAUACUUGAUGGAAGAAGAGGAAGGCUCUACUUCGAAGAUUCAUUCACUGAGUGAACCUUCAAAGGCCUUACUGAGAACAGUUCUUUCCAACAAGACUCGAGAUUAUUGUGACUGUGCCUGCUCUCGGAACGGAUGCUCUCCACUGACGAUGCUUUUGAGCGGACUUUUGCCUACACGAACUGACCAUGAGACUGUAGCCAAGCUUAUUCGUCUCUUUGCUACAUUAUUGAGCGUUGUUCUCUUUCACUCAAAACCCGAGUCGGAGCUUGAUGAACACUCCAAGAGGCAUUUGAGUGUUGGUAUACUUCGGUUCACUACAUUCAAAAUCUUGGAUAUCACUCAUACUUGCUCACACGAGUACAGAAAGAUCAAGCCGGAAGAAAUAGAAGAGAUCCAAGAUGAAGAGAAAUUCUUAAUAUUUGAUCUUGAGAGGCUAUUGGCACAAUUUCUCGAGGAAUCGGAUGUGCACGGCUUGCAACUUCCGAGCUACAUAACAGGACUGUGGAGGAAGAACAUGGCUUCAUUUCUAUCAACACCAAGACCUCAUAGUGUGAAAGAAAUUACUCAAAUCCUUGAGUCGGGAGUUAUCCUUGAUGGUUACGGGACUCGAGGGGGAAAGUUUUUUUCGUCCUAG